AAAACCUAUUCUAUGAACGGAACAUUAUUCCACGUGCUCGAGAAUUUCAUUUUUGUUGAUGGAUUUUCGAAAUUCUUUUAAUCAUAAUCAAAUUAUUUGAAACAAAAAUGACUACAUUUCAAAAGGCAACACUUUUUGAUUCGGAUCAUGAAGAUGAUGAUAAUGAUAAAGAGCCUGAUAUGAAUCCUGGUCAAUCAUCACCAACAUCAUCAACAUCGACACUCGUAAUUAAUACUGAAAAUUCUUAUGCCGAAAAAUAUGAUGAUUGGCGCCGUAAAGAAGAGCUACAAAAAUUAAAAGAUAAAUAUGGUGAUAAUCUUGACAUUAUGUCUGAAAUUGAUGAUGAUGGUGAUGGUAAUGAUGAUUCUGGUGCUGGUCAAUCCAAUUCAAGCAAUGAAACUUCAAGUGAUGAUGAUGAUGAAAGUGGUGAAUCAUUGACCGAUGAUCCUUUCGAUGAUGAUUUUUUCAAUGUAUAUUCAGCAUUGAAAAAUAAAGAUUCAAAAAUUUAUGAUAAAAAUUUCAAAUUUUUUACCAAAGAUGAUAAUGAUGAUGACAGCAAAAAUAAAGAAUCUGAAAAGACAAUUCCAAAACAAAAAGCUGAAAAGCUUACAUUGCAAAAAUAUCAUGAAAAAUUGAUUGAAGAGAAAAAAGGUAUUACAGAAGAAGAUGAAACAAUGUUGAAUAAUAAAUCGAAUGAUGAACAACAACAACAACAACCUGAAGGCUAUUAUGAAGAACUUUAUAAUAUCCGUAAAGAUAUUAAAGAUAUUUUCAAAGAAAAAUGUAAUCCAGAUGAUGAUGAUGGUGAUUUAUUUUCAAUUAAACAUUCGGAUAAUAUUGUUAAGAAAAAAGAGACCAAACCAAAAUCAUUGCCCGAAAUUUGGACAAAUGAUGAAAAACUUGAUGAAGAUGAAAAAUUCCUAAAACAAUAUGUUUUAAAUCGUGGAUAUGUACCUUUAACAUUAGACUCUAAUGAUAAUCGAUUGAAUCGAUAUAAAAAUGUUGACAGUCAUUUUAGGAUUGUCGAUGAUGAUGAUAAUAAUGAGCAAAAGCUUUCGGAAGAGAACAAACCAUCAGUUGUUGAAAAUAUUCGAAAAAAUUUAGAUGUUCCAAAAUUUCAUUAUGAAGAACCGGAUGCAACAAUUAUUAAACGUUAUCCACGUAAUAUUGAUUCUAUACGUGAUACAGCUGUUGUUAAUGAUAAAAAAUCUAAACGUGCUGAAAUACGUGAACGUAAAAAAUUGGAAAAACAACAGGAAUUAAAACGAUUACGAAAAAUGAAACGUGAAGAAAUUGAAAAGAAAAUUGAAACAUUAAAAUCAAUUUCUGGAAAUGAUCGACUUGAUUUAAAAGAUAUUGAUUUGAAUGUUAUUAUUGAUGAUGAAAAUGAUUUCGAUGCAGAUAAAUAUGAUGAAAAAAUGAAAUUAUUAUUCGGUGAUGAUUAUUAUAAUAAUUCGGAUGAUUCAAAACCUGUAUUCAACUAUAUUCCUGAAAUUGAUGAUGAGCUUUAUGAAGAAAUGAAUAUCAAUGAUGAUAAUACGAAAAAAAGAAAGAAGAAAAAUAAACGAGAAAUUAAACAACAUAAAGAUAUUAUGGCCGAUGAUGAUAUUGGUUUGUAUGAUGAUAUUGUUGGUGGUGAUUUGGCCACACGUUUUCGUUAUCGUAUGGUUGAACCAAAUGAUUUUGGUCUUACCGAUGAAGAAAUAUUAUUAGCCGAUGAUAAAGAAUUGAAUCGUUGGUGUUCAUUGAAAAAAAUGACACAAUAUCGUUCAAAAGAACGAGAACAAUAUGAACGAAAAGUUUAUCAACAAAAAUCACAAAAUCUUGAAUUGAAAAGAAAAAUUCUUAAAAGUGUUUAUAAUAAUGAUGAUGAUAACAAUGAUAAUGGUGAUUUAAUGCCAACCAAAAAGAAAAAGUCUUUAUAUCCAAUUGCUGUUGAUCAAUUAUCGAAUGAAAAUGAUGAAACAAAUAACAAAAUUGUAGAUAAUCAAUUAACUAAUACGAAUGACAAUGGUGAUACGGUUAAAAUAGAAUCGACAAAAAAACGUAAACGUAGACGUAAACGAAAUCGUGCCAACAAAACCGAUUCGGAAUCAGUAUUAUCAGAUAAAAUUAUCAAUAAUCAACAACAACAACAACAACAAUCAUCAUCGAAUGGAAAUGUAGAACAAUCGAUAAAGAAAAAAUCUCGUAAAAGACGUCGAACAAAUAAUAAAAAUUCGAAUCCAAAAGAUUCAAAUGGAAAAAUAUCCGAAAUAUCUGGUGUUAGUGUACAAAGAUUGAAAGCAUAUGGCCUAAGUAAUCGUGAAUUAAAACGAAUGCAAAAAUAAAUAGAUAGUGUAGUGUAAUUUUGUUUGGUUUUAAUUUUCUUUUUUUAUUAUCUUUUAUUUUCAAUUAAAAAC